AUGCAUCCUAUUUGCAAACGGAUACUCAUAUUGACGUUGUAUAUUGGAGCUACAAUCUCGGUUGUAAGAACUCUGUCGCUAUCAAGUAGAUGCUCGGUCAUAGGGGACCGCUCCAGCAACUACAUACGUUCAUUGGAGGGACCUUUCCCGCGAUAUUAUACAGCCUUUAUCGCUAAAAAACCGGAAUGUAUUGGAUCAGGACCUAAAGAUAACUCUUUUGCACCUAAAGCUUAUCUCAAAGACGACUCACAUACAUAUUCUAUUGGAGUACCAGAAUCGAAACUGCCGCAGAAAAAAUUACCGGGUGACGAUGCAGUACCGCUGGAAAACCAACCAAUGCCACCAUGGGCACUCGAAUUUGUAACCGGUAAUGGUGUGCCGAAGGAACCAUAUACGCCACGACAUUACAGUGAGGCGGAAAUUGCACAACACUUCAAAAAAGUUAAUGAAGAAACACGCAGUAGAUCCGUUACGAAGAGAUUAGAAGAGUCGAAAGGGGCACCGAUUAAAAGCUACGGGUUCAAAUUUAAACAGAUACAACCUGUAAGACAUCAUAAUGGAAGGGCAUUCACAUUCUACUAUGCACAUUCACUACAUACAGAUGUUAUACCAGUCUUGCUAAAUAGCCUAAGAAGAGUAGCAAAACGUCACCUAGGCGCUGGAAGGAUCACAGCACUACGUAUACCAGGCAUGAAAAACGAAUUCUAUUCUGUAGUUGGCUUGAGGGAGGAUUUCUUUGACCUUGCAAAAAACCUUACCAAUGUCAUAUUCAGAAAUGUACCUCUUACAGCCACUUUCGAUAAACCACUUAUUGGAAGACUGAGACUAAAGGGACCAAUCAUCGCUGUGGCUGGACAUAUCGAGUUGGACCAAAUAGAACAGACGGAAGGUAGAGGUUCAAGUUCAGGUUCAACUGAGGACACGAAAAUAGAAAUUGUAAACAAAAACCAUUACAUAUGUGCAUUGGCGGAUGAUGCAUAUCUAAAUAUGGAAGUUAAAAUAGAGUAUAUAGCAAAUCAUGUAAUACGAGAACGAGGGCCUGAAUCUAUUAACAGAGAUAUCACCCCGGAUGGAUUUAUACAUUUCCCAUCAAGUUGUGAACCCGUGGAAAUAUUUGCAUUCGAUGGUGAUAGACGUGGCAUGGACGAAGAGAGCACUAGCGAAAUUGUCACCUUGGAGAUACAUACUGAUGGUUCCACCACCCCAAGACUGGCGCUAUUGAAUAGCGCAACUUUUCUAGAGACGUGGUUCGACCGCACGCUUAAGGCACUACAUAACGAUUGUAACCGAGAUCUGGACGCUCUGUAUGAAGCAAAACGCUCUGUAACUGCAGAGGAAAUGAUGCAUCGCGAACUAUAUCGCAACGUACCUUGGAACCCAUACAGAACUCCAGAUGAGAGAAUGUCAUCAAGAUACCGGUGGUUCUACCGUAAAGACGUUAAAAGACAAUACCCAAUAGACCCAGAAUCCAAGAUGGCAAAAGCAGAACAGCUUAGCGAAUGGAAGCAGGUUCUGGAGAAUCAAAUGAAAUAUGAAGAGCUCAUAAAGCCACAACUCACUGAUGAUAGUGAUGCUGCGAAGGAACGACAUUUGACUCUGGGUGAACUUGAAGAAAUGGCUGACUUUAAAGCACCUUUAUGGGUAUUCCAAGACCCUUUAGGUUCAGGUACCUUGAGCCAGGGGCCCGUCUUCGAGUACGACAAGGACGAAAACCUGCUAGAGUUCCCAAUCGAAUAA